CCCCCUGUUUAUCAACACUUGGUGCACGAGUCCUCACGCCCGGCACAUUACAGGAGCCCCUUGGUAAGUUAUGGCGGAUUUUCCUGACGAUGCCAAACAUGAUUUUGAUUUAGAUGUUGUUCACCAAGGGUUCGUGAAAUGCCGAGAGAGCAGCGAUCAGCUGAUCCUGAGGAAUUACCUGGAGGCCUAUCACGAGUUGAACAGGUUCUUCCGACUUACUGGUAGGCUUUUCGCUUUUGUUGCCAAAGACCUUGAGGAGAAAAUCCACGUGCUGGAGAGCCAUUUGGAUGGACCUAAUGGCCGACACUACGUCACCGUCCAAUCAAUGACCGACUUCGAGGUCGCGAAUAACAUCACAAAGGUCAAACACAAACUUCCCUCGGGGUCAAGGUCGUUGCUCCGUCUCCACAGAGGACUCGAGUUCAUUCUGGAGUUCAUGAGGCGUAUGGGUGAAAGUUCAGACGACGAUAGAUCGUCAACGAUUGCCGCUGAAACUUACAAAGACACACUCGCUCAUUAUCAUCCAUGGCUCGUCCAGAAGAUGGCGGGCUUUGCAAUGUACAUGUUGCCAAGCAGACGACAACUCUUUGAAACCAUGUGCAAGCAUAAUUACGCGCACGCGCUAGAACUGUUGGACUCUGUUGUAAAGGCGGGAAAACCUGUUUACGAAGACACGCAGAACAUUUUUGCAAAUCACGGUUUAUUGGAUUUACCCUAAAAGACGGAGGGAAUAGGAUAAGAAUAGUACAAUCAAGUUGACCUGUAUGAAGAUAUAUUCUUAACAAAUAUUUAAUAUGAUUGAAUGGGUAAAUGAAAAACUAUUUAUUAACUAUAUUAAUUUGCAUCUCCGCCAGCCAAGGGUGGGGAUCCACGAUGUAGGGUGAAUAGAGAAAC